AUGAUAUCACAAGAGUUAAAAAAGGAAUUGAGGAAUGCAUAUGAUGGUGUAUUUGAAAUUAAAGAGGAAUUGGGGAUCCAUAUUUAUCCAAUAUUCCAUAAACUACCAAGUAAGAAAGAAUACCCCGACUAUUACACGAUAAUUAAAAAUCCAAUGUCUUUGAAUACAAUUAAGAAAAGGUUAUCAAGUUAUGAAAAUGUGCAAUCUUUUCUAAAUGAUAUGGCUCAAAUACCUUGUAACGCGAAGAUUUAUAAUACAGACGGUUCCCCAGUGUAUCAUUAUGCCACUCUUUUUGAAAAAUAUCUUAAGGAUACGGUUUUUAAUAAUUUAAAAAAAUACUACCCGAAUCUAAUAUACCCAAGUUCAGCCACUUUAACAUCAAAUAAUUCUAUGUCUGCUGAUAUUGUUAGAGAUGAUUCAAUACUGUCAAAUGAACUAUUACCAAUCUCCACGGCAGAUUCCGCUCUUGCGCCACCUGAUACAAUUAAUGCAACUACAAACACAAGUGCAAAAGAAAAUCCUGAUGUAGGUACUAUCGAAUCAAGUAUUACUAAUACAAAUAUAAAUAAUCAAAAUGAAGAUAUUUUACAAAUACAAGAAAAUGCUUCUCCAUCUGGUCUAUCAAUUACAUCUUCAUUCGCAUCACCUGGGUCACAUACUUCAACUAGUAAAAAGGACUUUAAUAACUUAACCGUAAAUACAGAUACUUUAGCCUUGGUGACAGCUGCUUCCACUGUCACUGAUUCUAAUAGUAACAAUUUGAAUCAAAAUAAUCAUUCAAUCACCAACGAUUAUUUGAACAUUAGUAUAGAUCCUUCAUCAUCAACUUCAAACACUAGCGCUAGCUUAAAGAAGGAUAAAGAUCCAUCAAACGUUGUUAUACAAUCAAGAGAAGGUAAUAGAAUAAUAAUACAGGGUAAAUCUCAAUUAAAUCCUGAUCCUACGAAUAAAAUAAAAAUUAGUAAUUCUCAAAGAUCUUUAGGGAAAACUCAAGCACCUGUAGCUCAAACAACGCAGCAACCACAUAUCCAACAAUCUCAAUUUUCAACACCUUCCACAACACCUACUCCUGUAAAUCAACCUAUUGUUAAACCUCAGACUUCAAGGACGCAUAUGAAACGUGGUAGACCUCCAGUUAUUGAUUUACCCUAUGUUCAAAGAAUCAAGAAUGUUUUAAAAAUGUUGAGGAAAGAAUAUGAUAGCUCAAAUGGACUACUAAUUUCUAGUUUUGAAAAGUUACCUGAUCAAUCAAAAGAGCCAUUAUAUUAUAGUGAAAUUGCGAAUCCUAUUUGUUUAGAUGAUAUUAAAAAAAAAGUGAAGGCAAGAAAAUAUAAAGAUUAUGAAGGUUUUCAAUCAGAUUUUAACCUAAUGUUAAAGAAUUACAAUCAAUUUUACCAAAAUAAUCAGACAAAUCUAACAAUUUCUAAACUUUUACAAAAUUCUUUUGAAACAUUAUCAAAUUUUGAAUUAUCUAAACCUGAUAAAGUUUACUUACCUGAAGGUGAUAUAAGAUUGCCAUUGGAUGAAGUAGAAGUUAACGGUAAAACUUAUAAGAUUGGUGAUUGGGUUUUAGUGAGAAAUCCAAAUGAUAUCUCAAAGCCAAUUGUUGCUCAAAUAUUCAGAUUGUGGAAAACAAAGGAUAAUAAGAAAUGGUUGAAUUGUUGUUGGUAUUUUAGACCAGAACAAACUGUCCAUAGGGUUGACAGAAUUUUUUAUAAGAAUGAAGUAAUGAAAACUGGUCAAUAUAGAGAUCACGUCAUCGAAGAUAUUCAACAAAAAUGUUAUGUAGUCCAUUUCACUAGAUUUCAACGUGGUGAUCCAAUUUUAGACAUUGAUGGUCCAUUGUUUGUUUGCGAAUUUAGAUACAAUGAAAAUGAUAAAGCAUUUAAUAAGAUUAGAACUUGGAGGGCAUGUUUACCCGAAGAAAUUCGUGAUGUCGAAGAAGAAACAGUUCCUGUUAUUGGUAAAAAGUUUUUUAAAUAUCCAUCACCUAUAAAGGAUUUGUUACCUGCAAAUGCAACAGUAAAUGAUCCAACACCAGAAGCUACAGUGGGUGCACCUAACUCGCCACCUUUAAUUGGAGCAGUUUAUUUAAGGGAGAAGUUGCCCCGUGAUGACUUAGGUGAAUAUUCUACAUCUGAUGAAUGCCCUCGUUAUAUUAUUAGACCGAAUGAUCCUCCAGAAAAUGGUAUUAUAGAUAAAGAAACUGGUACUAUAGUUGUUACACAGCAAACACAUCAUAAUUCUGCUACUAAAACAAAUUCAAAUGUAAAGAAUAUACCAACUAUUAACUCGCCCCUUAUAUCUCAGCCUAAGAUCACACAGAACUUCCAACCAUUAGCAACUGUAAAGGCUGCUAAUACGGAUAUAAGUUGUCAACCUCCAUUAAUAACUUCACCCACUUUUGAUCCUCAUCCUUUGAGGAGAAAAAUAAAAGCUUCUAAUACUGCCAGUACUACUAACGUCAUUAAAAUCGAAUCAUUAAACGAAUUACAAGCUAAGCAGAUAAAAAAGAAAAGACUACGAAUGUCGGAAGAUAAUGUUGGAACUUUGAUUAAUAAUUUAGUGCAUAAAUGUGCAAAGCAUAAUGUAGGCAAAAUUGUAUCUGACUAUCCAUCAGGUUUCUUAUUAUCUUCAGAAAUUUUAACAUCUUCCUUUCCUGCUAUUAAUUCUAUUCAUGUUACUAAUUCUAACAUUUAUUCUAGAAGAAUUGACCAAAUUCAUAAGCAAGAUGGUAAAAUCGUAUGGUUCCGUGGUCCAUCAGUUAAUAUUCAAGAGCGCUAUAUUAAUUCUGGAAGUGAACAUUUGGAUCAACCCUUGAAUAAAUGGUUCCCUAAACAUAAAAAAAACAAGUUGAAUUUAGAUUAUGAAGAAGUUGAAGAAACUAUUGAAAACGAUCCAAUUAGGGGCGAAGAAGAUUUAACACUUCAAGAUGGUCUUGAAUUUACAAACUUGAAUGAAAAAAAUGACGAAUUAAUGGUUCAAGAAACUGCUGCAUUAGUAUUACAAGAAUUAGGUCUCACAAGUACUGACUUCGGGGAUGACAAUUUAAGUUUAUUAUCUGAUAACAAUAUGGAUACCCUAGGACUGAAAGAAAAUGAGCAUAAUUUAUCGACGUCUUUAAGUUUGGAUACUCCAAAGGAAAAUAGAAGUCAAGAUCAAAUUGAACCAAUGGAAGCUACAACUGAUACAUUAGACAGGGUUAACAAAGAUGAGAUUAAUAAUGAUUCUGAAGAAAUUGACAGUGACGACGAAAAUGAAACCCUUCCAAAAACAUUCCCUCUUGGAUUACGUGCGUCUGCAAGCUUUAUGGCUUAUAAAUUAGAACAAGCCGCAGUCUUUGAAGAACAAUUAAUUUAG